AUGAAGAAAGCACAGCUAGUCUUCGUCCCUUCACCCGGAGUUGGCCACCUUGUAUCAGCUGUUCAGUUUGCAAAGCUGGUUCUUGAUAGAAACGACAGUUUCUUGAUAACUAUGCUUCUCGUCAACAAUCCAUAUGAUGGUAGCAUAACCAAGUACAUUGAAUCACUUGCUUCAAUUCAUACACAUAUCAGGUUCAUUGCAGUUCCGGCAACCAUAGCUCUACCUCCUCCAGAAGCUUUAGCUAUAAGCCCUGCAAAUGCUUUUAGUUGUUACAUCAAUGAUCACAAAACCCUUGUAAAAGAUGCUAUUGUUAACCAAGUGAUAGCCAACAACCCUGCUCCGAUUGCUAGUGUUGUUUUUGAUAUGUUUUUCACUGCCGCUAUUGAUGUUGCAAAAGAACUUGGGAUCCCAUCUCAUGUGUUUUUCACUUCUAAUGCUGCUUUUCUUGGCUUGAUGCUUUACCUUUCAGAUAGAGAAGACAAGGGUGAGCCUAAGUUUAGACCUAAUGACCAUGACUAUAUCAUCCCUUACUAUGCAAAUCCUGUGCCUUAUCGUGUUUUGCCGUUACUGCACACCGAUUGUGAAUAUUUGACAUUUGCAAGCCAUGGAAAGAAGUUCAAAGAUGCCAAUGGUAUCAUUGUCAAUACAGUUUCAGAAGUUGAGUCCCAUGCAGUUCGUGCUCUUUUGGCUAAGGAUGACAUACCACCAAUUUUCAAUGUUGGGCCAUUGGUUGAUCACAAGGGAAAUAGUUUGUCAGGAUUGGAUGCCGUAAAGCGCGACGAGAGCAUGAAAUGGCUUGAUGACCAACCUGAAAAAUCAGUAGUGUUUUUGUGCUUUGGAAGUGGAGGAGCCUUUGAUGAAGCUCAGUUGAAAGAGAUUGCAAUCGGCCUCGAGAAGAGUGGACACCGGUUCUUAUGGUCCAUUCGGCUGAAACCCUCCAAGGGGCAGCUGCUUCCUAAUGAAUUGAACAACUAUGGAGAGAUCUUGCCAGAGGGUUUCUUGGAGAGAACUAAAAAUACAGGGAUGCUAUGUGGAUGGGCACCACAAGUAGAAAUCUUGGCACAUAAAGCAGUAGGUGCUUUUGUUUCACACUGCGGAUGGAACUCGACUUUGGAGGCCUUAUGGUAUGGUGUGCCUAUGAUAACUUGGCCAUUAUAUGGUGAGCAACAUAUUAAUGCAUUUCAAUUGGUGAAGGACUUGGGGUUGGCAGUGGAAUUGACAUUGGAUUUUAGGAAAGAUUGUCCCGAAGAUUUUGUCAAGGCAGAUGAUAUAACAAAAGCUGUGAAAGCCAUGAUGGAACAAGGUGGCGAACUUAGAGACAAGGCCAAAGCAAGCAGUGAAAUGGCACAGAAAAUUUUAGUAGAGGGUGGAUCUUCAUAUGUUGCUGUUGGAAACUUGAUUGAUCAAUGGUUGGAAAACAAGCCUUGA